AUGGACAAGAGACGGUAUAAUCUGGAGCCACCUGAGGUCAAACUGUACUUGGUCAAAGGAGACAGGUUUACCAAAUGGUCAGAGGACUCAACCAAGACUGUGCCUGUCACCAUGAAGAUGGACCCGAAGGGCUACUACCUCUAUUGGACUAACCAAAGCAAGGAGACAGAGUUCCUGGAUGUUGCGAACAUCAGAGAUACCAGAUCAGGAAAAUAUGCAAAACUUCCUAAACACCCUAAAGUCAGGAAUGUGUUCAACCUGGAUUUUCCGAACAGCGACCAUCUACUCAAAACCUUGACUGUUGUCACAGGCCCUGACAUGGUGAAUUUGACUUACCACAACUUCUUUGCUUACAAGGAGAAAGUGACACAGAACUGGGCUGCUGACAUCCUGUCCAUUGCUUACAACCCGUCGAGGAACAACGCAUGCAGACAAGUCUUCAUGGAGAAAAUGUAUGUUCGCAUCUCUCUUCAGACCAAUAAGGAUGGCAAGAUCCCUGUCAAAAAUAUUUACAAGAUGUUUCCAGCUGACAAAAAGAGGGUGGAGGGAGCUCUGUCUUCAGCACACCUCCCCAAAGGAAAGGGUGACACUAUGAAGCCGGACGUCUUCACUGAAGCUGCUUUCAAGCUCUUCCUGAUGAGUCUUUGUCCCCGGCCUGAGAUCUAUGAGAUCUUCACAUCCUACUCUGCCAAGGCUAAGCCCUAUAUGACCAAGGAGAGCCUGGCCAAGUUCGUCAACGAAAAGCAGCGUGACUCCCGCCUCAACGAGGAGCUAUUCCCCCGCUUCAGACCUGACCAGGUCAAGGCCCUUAUCGAGAAGUAUGAGCCCUGCUCCUCCAACGCCAACAGAGGUCAGAUUUCUCCAGAAGGUCUGCUGUUCUACUUGUUGGGACCUGAGACAUCUGUGGUCAUACUGGACAAGCUGGCCAAGUGUCAGGACAUGAGCCAACCGUUGCCCCACUACCUUAUCAAGUCCUCCCAUAACACAUACCUGACAGCUGGUCAGUUUUCCGGUGUGUCGUCUCCAGAGAUGUAUCGCCAGUGUCUGCUGGCCGGCUGCCGCUGCCUGGAGCUGGAUUGCUGGAAGGGAAAACCACCAGAUGAGGAGCCUAUCAUCACCCACGGCUUCACCAUGACAACUGAGAUUCUGUUCAAGGAUGUGAUUGAGGCCAUCGCGGAAAGCGCCUUCAAGACCUCCCAGUACCCUGUCAUCCUCUCCUUUGAGAACCAUGUGGACUCGGUGAAGCAGCAGGAGAAAAUGGCUAACUACUGUAAGACCAUGUUUGGAGAUAUGCUGUUAACGGAUCCUCUGGACAAGUACCCUCUGAAGCCAGGCCUGCAGAUCCCCAGCCCAGCAGAGCUCAUGGGGAAGAUCCUGAUCAAGAACAAGAAGGGCAGCCAUGGGAAGCCCAGCCAGACCAGCCCCAAGAAGACAGAAGGAUCAGAGCAGCCUAUAGUCACAGCUAGCGCUGGCCAGGAGCCCAACCAGACAGGCCCUUCUAACCCUGAGGGCCAGUGUGUGACUGGUGAGGUGACCAUGAUCGAUGACCAUGAAGAACAGCAGGAGGAUGAAGACCAGGAUGAGGAGAAGAUGAAGAACUCGGACGAGGGUACAGCGGGACAGGAAGUGACAGCGUAUGAGGAGAUGUCUGCCAUUGUCAACUACAUCCAACCCACCAAAUUCAUCUCUUUUGAUAACUCCCAAAAGAAAAACAAGAGCUACCUCAUCUCAUCUUUUGUGGAGACCAAAGGGGAGAGUAUGAUCUCCAAGACUGCAGUGGAGUUUGUGGAAUACAACAAGAGGCAGAUGAGUAGGAUUUACCCUAAAGGAACCAGAAUGGACUCUUCCAACUACAGCCCUCAGCCCUUUUGGAACGCUGGCUGCCAGAUGGUGGCGCUCAACUACCAAACUAUGGAUUUCCCAAUGCAGCACAACAUGUCUCUAUUUGAAUUCAACGGGAGGACAGGCUACCUCCUCAAGCAUGACCUCCUCCGUCGUAGUGACAAGAAGUUUGACCCCUACUGUGAAAGGAUCGACACCAUCGUGGCCAACACACUGACCAUCAAGAUCUACUCAGGCCAGUUCCUGUCAGACAAGAGUGUGAAGACAGGCGUAGAGGUAGAGAUCAUCGGGUUGCCAGGAGACCCCAAGAAGAAGUACCGGACCAAGUGGUCUCCCACACCAAACGCCAUUAACCCAGUGUGGAAUGAAGAACCCUUUGUUUUUGAGAAGAUCCUGCUGCCUGACAUGGCCUCACUCAGGGUCGUGGUUCACGAGGAAGGUGGGAAGUUUCUGGGCCACAGGAUCAUCCCCAUCGAGGCCCUUCAGUCAGGCUUCCAGCACAUCUGUCUGCGCAGUGAGAGCAACAUGCCGCUCACUCUGCCAGCUCUCUUUGUGUACAUUGAGGUGAAGGACUACAUCCCUGCUGCUUUUGCAGAUUUCACAGAUGCCUUAUUCAACCCAACAAAGAAUUCUGAGAAGACAACAAAGACAACAGAGUCAUCAGCAGACUACAUCUCCCCAUACGAGAUGCCCCUUGUUAACGUAAUACCGACUGUGGGAGAGAAGGCUACAUAUCCAGAAACAGAGCCUGAGACUAAAGCUUCCUCUCCAGUGGAGGAAGCUGAUACUACUACUGGUACCCAGGAUACUCCACCUACUCCUGAAGAGGCCCCUCCAGAGCCUGAACCCAACAUGGAUUCACCGUCACCCCCAAACACUGUCUGUGUGGAGGCUGAACCUGCUCCAAUCAUUCAGCCAUCUGUUGUUGGCCCCAUCCAGAGUGUAGAGCACGUUCCAGAGCCUGAGGACUUCCCUGAUGACCCAGAGGCUGUCCUAGCCACAGAGUUGACCCCUGACCCUAAGGUUGACUCCACUACCUGUACAGACCCCAACAGUAACGUCGACCCCACCCCAAAUGUUGACUCCACUCUAGAUGUUAACUCCGAUGUCGUCCCUACCCCUGAUCCAGAUGUUGAGUCCACUCCUGUUGCUGACCCUGCUGUGGCUCCUGUUCCUACAUCUGAGCCCAGCUCAUCCGAUCCUGCACCUGAGGACUCCACUCCUCCAGAGGCCAAUGAAGGUAACACCAGUGACUCUUCUCCAUCCACAGUUCCCUGUGAGGAGCUGCUACAGCACAAGAGCUUCCUGAAGGUUACUAAGAGACAGGAGAAAGACAUGAAGGAGCUGGAGAAGAAGUUCCAGAAGAAAGGAGAGGAGCUGAUCCAGAAAUACAGCGACACCUUCAAAGCCCUCAAGAAGAAGAACUCCAUGAAGAAAAAAGAGGGAGGGGGUGAAACGGCAGAGCCCGGCCCCAGGAUGGAGAGGGUAAUGGAGCAGAAGGAGAGGCUGCAGGUGGAGCUCAGAGCUCUGUGGGUGGAGCAGUGUGAUCAGCUGAAGAAGAGGAAGGAGCAGCAUGCCACUGAGCGAUUAGCCAAACUGUUGGAGAUGGCCACAGAGAGACACAUCAGUGAACUCAACACUCUGGAAAGUGAAUCCAAGGAGACAAAGAAGAAAGGGCAGUCAAAGCGCUCAGGUUCAGACAAGGCAAGGCUGAAAAGGGCAAUGAGCGUGGACCUGGCUGAGGAGGCUGUCCAGACUGAUACAGUGGCAAGUAUAGACAGCAGUCCUCAGCAGGAUGCUCUGGUGAAGAGACAAACGACCACACUGGACGAGAUCAAAGGCCUGGCCAAUCAGCUCAAUCAGGAGGCCCUGGCGGAGUACGAGAGGAAGAUUAGGUCACUUCCUGUUGAUCUGCGGGAGGCUGUGAACCUGUGUGUGGGGGCCCACUUCCCUGAGCAGGUAGACCAGGCUGGGGAGAAGCAGCAGGACGGAGUGGGCUUCUAUGGAAAUGUCUUCCUGGGAUAGACAUGCUCCAGGACCUUUCUCCUUUCCUUCCUCUGUAUGUGGUUAAUAUCUGAGACUACUAGGUGUGACAUGUUAGAGGUGUUGAUGCUACAGUAUGAUAUACAAAUUGGAUAGGCCUAUAACCGAAAGUUUUCAAUGAGUUGUAAUGAUAAUGAGUUAUCAAUUAGUCAAUAUAGAGAUCAGUACACAUAUGGGAUAUUAGGAACACAUGCCUCUAACUCUUACUUAAGUCAUAUUGUCACAGCCUCUAGUGGUUCUUAACCUUUUACUGCAGUGGGUUAAAUCAGGGUCACACAGUGUU